AUGGAACAAGAGAUUCAUCUGAAGCUGGGUUCAGAAUUCAGUCUCUCUGAGAUCCUGGGCCUGAAACCAAAACAAGACAAACAAGAGCAGGUUUGUAACCCUGUGCCUACAAGCGAAGAAAAGAAAAACGUGCUGGCCAUAGAGACAGACAAAGUCUGUCUCCUGGGCUGUGGCAUCUCAACUGGUUAUGGCGCAGCUGUGAACACGGCCAAGGUGGAGCCUGGCUCCACAUGUGCCGUCUUUGGACUGGGAGGAGUUGGACUGGCAGUUAUCAUGGGCUGUAAGGUGGCUGGUGCAUCCCGGAUCAUCGGCGUGGACAUCAAUAAAGAUAAAUUUGCGAGGGCCAAGGAUUUUGGAGCCUCUGAAUGUAUUAACCCCCAGGAGUUCAGCAAGCCCAUCCAGGAAGUGCUUGUGGAGUUGACCGGUGGGGGAGUGGACUAUUCCUUUGAGUGCAUUGGUAAUGUGAAGGUCAUGAGAGCAGCGCUCGAGGCCUGCCACAAGGGCUGGGGUGUCAGCGUGGUGGUAGGAGUUGCUGGUUCUGGUGAAGAAAUUGCCACUCGUCUGUUCCAGCUGGUUACAGGCCUCACGUGGAAAGGCACUGCCUUUGGAGGAUGGAAAAGUGUAGAAAGUGUCCCAAAGUUGGUGUCAGAAUAUAUGUCCAAAAAGAUAAAAGUUGAUGAAUUUGUGACUCACAGUCUGUCUUUUGACCAAAUUAACAAAGCCUUUGACCUGCUACAUGCAGGAAAGAGCAUUCGAACUGUUCUGAAGUUUUAGUCAAGAAAGAGAUCCUCCUUCCCGUGCCUUAGUGGUCUGAUGGGAGAGGCCAGCAGUCUUGGUCUCCGGAGCCCUCAAUAACCCACUCUUGGGAAUAAUGUCUG